GUGUUCGUCUGAGCCAGUGAGUCUUCCAAGUUUUCACGGAGUAACUGUCUACAAGAGUUGAAGUCGCAUACCGCGGACCUUCUUGCGAAGGCUCUAUAAUCGUUGUGUACAUGUGUAUUGGUACUUGUGUGUGAUUUCAAAAUGGUGCCACAACAAAACACCCGGGACAUUAUGCUCGACGAGGGUGCGAACGCUUCCUCGGAUCAGUUCGGCUCUCAGGUCGUCAAUCCUAGCUCUCUCACGCCGUACUCUGACGCUACAAACUGUAAAAAGACCACCAACCACAUCAAGAGGCCGAUGAAUGCAUUCAUGGUGUGGUCUCAGAUUGAGAGACGGAAGAUUUCCGAAGUGUCACCCGAAAUGCACAACGCUGAAAUCAGCAAACGGUUGGGCAAGCGCUGGAAAACUCUCUCGGACGAGGAGCGUCAACCGUACAUCGAGGAAGCCGAGCGUCUUCGUGUGUUACACAUGCAGGAAUACCCCGACUACAAAUACCGUCCUAGGAAGAAGGCUAAGCCAACAACUGGAAAAGUUGAACACGGUAAGGUUACUAAACCUUCUCCUAAAAACUCUAGAGCUGACAAGAGCAAAAAGACUGCCAAAGCCGUGGCGCACUUAUCCGUUGCUUCUUCAAAUAGUGAAAGUGCAGUGAACAGCUCAAAUAAACUUAAACUCAAGCUCACCAUUGACAGAAAGUUUAAGGAAAGCAUCAAAGCUAGUAAGCAAGUGCCUGUGUCUUCAUGCCAACUGACACCCCCAGCAAAGGUGCCCUCAAGUCCAUCAGUGUAUACACCCCCUACCCCAGAGUCAGCCAGUUUUUACGGCGAAGAAGGUUACGAAGCGCCCGCCGCAUCCCCUCAUCAAGAGCCUCUCAAAGUCCAACCUCCAGUUCAUAGACAGACAGAUUCACAGCCCGAGGGCUCCUCCCUCGCCGAUUUGGACAACCUUACCGAUGUGCUACAAAUUCCCUCGAACUGGCAUCUUGAUCUGGGGAGCCUAGAUUUGGGGAAAUUAACUGACACAGACUUUUCUUUUGAUAUCCAAGGCAGUGCUAACGGUUCCCAUUUUGAAUUCCCGGACUAUGCGACAGCUGAAGUGUCAGAAAUGAUCGGACUUGAAAACGACUGGUUAGAAACGAGUCUUGGGUCUCUGAUCUCCACCCAAUGAGUGUAAUACCCCCCGGGACACAUAGUGCAAACAGUUGUUAUUAAAUUCAUGAAAUGGACUCAGCGGACCACGGCGCACCAUUGGUGUUGGGCAAGUCAUGUACAUUACAUAAGUGUAUUUAAUUCGUCGACUGCCCGUGCCACCAAUUCUGUGCGCGACUGACCCACGGACCUCAAUCAUAUCAGACCUAUGCAUUUCAAGUCUUUAUAUUCCUUGUGGAAGUGUAUAUAACUGUAAAUAGAACAAUAUAUCUUGCUGUCUCAGCGGAACUUUACAAAAUGGACCCAUGCCCAUGCAGGGCUUCUUCAUGCCCCUGAUACGAACUGCUUCUCAGGUGUGUUCGAUUAGAUUGACUGAAUCCACGGUCAGGUCAAAAGUUCGCUCAGCUAUUUUCUACCUUACUUGAGAAACGAACGGUUGUAUAAUAUAUUUUUGCCCAUGGGAAACGUUUCAUAGCAUAAUCCCAAAGGGUUUUGUAUCAAAUGUAUAUUCCAGAUCUAACAAAAUAUAAUUUCACACAAUUUUUGUAAAUUUUGUAGUAUUUUAUACUUCUAUAAUGAGUAUUCUAUCUAGAACCGCUCAACCUUGUCACAUAUACGCCUUGAUAUAUAAGUGAUUUUUGUAAGAAAACUGCAGAGACAACACUGUUUACAACUCAAAGGGGAGAGGUGUUAUUUAUUGCAUAUUUAAGAUCACCUCUACCCAACAUAUACAAAGUGUGCUAUUAUUAUUUAUAUUAAAAUCUGUCCAAUGAACAAA